AACUGUUAUUAUGCUGAUUGUUAAAGGAACGUUAAAAUAGGUUACGUGAGAAAUGAUAUUAAAUAUGUAUAAUAUUUGCUAUUAGAUAUAGAAGUAAUCUAUCAACAUGAAAAUGUAUGUAUUGAUUUGACGUACAAUGCACAAAAACAAUUUAGAAUGAAGACGGUUUAAGAACAUUCUUUUUAGAUGUUGUUUUGAUUGUAUAAAAGACUAUGUAUAAGAUGAUAUCUUUCAUUAAAAAAAAUGUGUUCAAUUAUAGUUACAAAUGCAUAUUAUUGAAGGUAUAAUUUCUCUUAAUGUUGAUGUAGAAAUAUAUUAUCUUAAAAUAUUUCUAAAACAAUUAUAAUGGAAGCACAAACAGAUACUUCUGUUUUGCGACCUCCAGUUAAUUUAAGAAAUAUUAAUACUGGCAAUGGUUUUUAUACACCUUUAACUUCAUUUGCUGAAAUGUGGUAUCAUAUAUUUUUAUGGGCCCUAUCUUCUUCAAUUUUCGUUCAUACUAUAGCUGGUGCUAUUUGUUUUGCUACAUUAAGACAACAUAAAUAUGGAAAAUUCUUCCCAUUGCUGAUAAUAAUAAUGGGCAUAUUAUUGCCAUUAACAUCAGGAGUUCUUAGCUCUGCUGCUGUUGCUUUUGUAUACAGAGCAUCUCGAUAUCCACUGCCACCAUUGUAUGCAUUAUUUUGGGGUAUUGGUCAAACUGUUGUAGCAGGAUGUGUUGGAUUCACAAGGAUACUAGCAACUUUAUUUAAUCCUGUUUUCUGCUAUUGUUUGGAACCAUUGCCCACUAACUACUGCUUCUUUAGCUUUUGCUUCUGCUAUUGCUUCAAAUGAUUUAUUUAAAGAUUGUAAAAAUACAUCAGAAAUUACAAUAGUAUACUCACAAAAAAAUAUUCUUUCAGAAACAGAACAUUGUCCUAGAAUUGCUGAUAAUGGUGUAGGCUUUGUAAUUGCAGAUAAGGCUCCUCUUAUUUUUGCUUUAUUUCUAGCUAUAAAACUUUCUGUAUAAAAGACUCUAGAAUCUUGGGGAUCUUGCUUACCAUAAAUGCUUUUUCCUAGUUCUCUUUCAAUUACCGAUUGUAGAAAAUCAGCUGGUAAGUCAUAAUGUAUUGUCAACUCUGAUACAUUGAUAAAUCCAUGUUGCAUUAAUUUGUCAUUGAUUUCUUCUGCAAUUUUGUUUGUAUAUGUUUUAUCAAUAAGCUGUCCAAGUAUUAUCUUUAAUCCUUUAUUAUGUUUUUCUAAGUCACUUGCUAUUUUGGAUACUUGAGACAAAUUAACAUUGAGGAUUUGUGAUAAGUCAACCAUGUUGAUUCUUCCACCAUGGAUGUGUAAUUCAUCUUUAAUUUCCUUGCCAAGAUGUUGAGGCGUAAUAUAUUCUUUACCAUCAUUGGUAAAUAUUACAUCUAAUAAUUUAUUUUCUAUUAGCUUUGUUACAAUUUCCACGCAAUUACGUUCUGACAACCUACGUAGAAUAUUAAAAGAUAUUGUACAUGAGAAAUAAAAAUUACAAUAAAAUGUAUAACAAUUUUUAAUCAAUUUACUUAAUAAAACAGACUAUUAUAUACAUAAAUAGAUUAUGUAGUUAAUUAUAAAGUUUGUUGUAUUGUAUAAAAUAUAUUAAAAGUAUAUCAGGUUAAUUGAAAUCUUACACAUAUAAACUAAUUUAGGUUUAUUUAAUUUCAUAAAAAGUGCAAUUUCAUUCUACAGCUGUUUAAAAUUGUUUUGUAGUAACUGUACACUACUAAUGUAGGAAGAAAUAGAGUUAUCUGUGUUUCACGAAAUUAGAUCAUACUUUUGUAGAGUAGAACUUAAUUGAGCUUUUUGAAAAUCAGCUGCUAAUCUUUUAACUUCGUCCCAGUCUACAGUACUCAUUUUAAAUUUUUAUAGUUAAAUUGCCAGGUUGUACAAUUAAACACUUGACACUUCAAUAUUGAUUACAAAAUUCAUAGAAAUACUUAUGUAAUGUCAAUUUUAUAUUUUAUUAUGACAUCUAGUGUAUGUUCAAAGAACUAGAUGUAAAUUAAAUUAAUUUCAAAAAGUUUUAAAGUAAGUUGCAAGUGAUUAGGAAAGUGAUUAAGAAGUUAUUGUGAAUAAGAAAGAAAUGUGUUUUAAAAGUCGACUCAGAAAAUUAAAAGGUGUUAUAACUUUGGAUAUUAAAUACAAGUAUAGAGAUUAAGACUAACAUGUUAUAUUCAAGUAAAAACUUUAUUGUUUUCUCUGAUACAAAUAUUUUAUAAGAUAAAAAAGUAUUUAUCAACUUAUUUAUAAAUAAUAAUUUGAUAUUUAGUAUUGUUCAAUAGAAGUAUAG